CCCAGCCCUGAACGCGGCGGGCACGGACCUGGGGAUCCACUGCAUUCGGGGGGCUGCCCUCCAUCUCUCCCCGAUGCUGUCCCCUCCAUCCUGGGGGUCUGUCCAUCCUCCAUCCCCCUGUGCUGCCCCCUCCAUGCCGGGGGUCCGUUCUUUAUCCCUCCCCCGGUGCUGCCCCCCUUCAUCCCGGGGGUCUGCCUGCCCUCGAUCCCCAGUGCUGUCCUCUCCAUCCCGGGAGUCAGUCCCUCCACGCUCCCCUUUACUCUCCCAUUCCGGGGAGGGUCUGUCCCCGUGCCCUACCCUUAGUAUUGUGGUGUACCAAUGAAAUGGGCUGGAAUAUUUGGCUAGAGCAAAGGGAUGCAGGUGUGAGGGCAGGGCAGGCAGGCCUGGGGGUGCUGGAGCAGGGCAGGACCCCUGGGAAGAGCAUGUCAAGGUGGAAGGGGGCUCACUGCAGGCAGGGGUGUGGGCUCCCCCUCCUGCAUCCUGCCCGGAGAGCCUGCCCAGAGCCACCUGGAGUCCUGUCCGCUGCCCUCACCCCACACUCUCACACUGUCCAACCCUACAGAAAUCCCCUGUCAUGGGUGUGCUCAGGGACCUCUUGGCAGUACCCAUGGGAGUCUCAGGAGCAUAGAUAUCCCAAAGGCAUACACAGUCCCCCCAAACACUGUGCCCUCUCCCUCAGCGUGUGCCCAGGGCACCUAUCAUGCUGCACAGGGAGGAUGGAAAGGACAUCUGCCUUUUGUUCCCUUCCUCCUCCGUCCUCGGGAGGCACCAGCAGUGGGCAGCCACCAGCCUGAGCUCUGUCCCUGUGCGGGGCUCCCAUCUCAUCUCCACAAGCCGAGAAUUCAGAGGGAAGCGCUGGGGUGAUGCUCACUGCACCCAGGGCCUGAGCCAAGCACACCCCAGGGGAACUUGGAGAGGCUGGAGGGGGUGUCAGUUCUCUUUGAAUCUGGUUUCAUCUUCCUCAGAUCUUAGAGAAUUGCUCAGUGCAGGACUUGGUCCAUCUUAUAGGCAUAGCUUCAAAGAUGGGAUGUGUUGGGGGAUCCUACAGAGCAUCACUGGAAUGAUCAUCCCCGGAGGCUCCACCAGCACAAGCAGCAGCUCUGCCCUGCACCAGGGUGAAGCCACAUGGAAGGGCCAGAGGGGACCAGGGCAAUGGCAAUGCCAGCUGAGCUCAUGGCUCAUGCAGACGCCACUAAAAGCAGGAUGAGUUUUUCACAAAGCUGCUCCCUGAAUUGAGCAAGUUCCCUGUCCUAGGAGUCCUCAGAGACUUCCUGCCCCAUCCACCCUUCACCUGCCUGGAGGAACACAAGAGGGACGACCAGCUCCCCGAAUCCACCUGCAAUUAUAAGCAAAUCCCUCAUUGUAUUUGGUGCUAAAUGUCUCUUUCCCUCCCAAAUGCGGUGUGAUGACCCAUCCUUAAGGGUCGUCACACACGGGUAGCCAGGCAAAGCAACGAAGUGAUUUCAUUCCUUGUGAAGCUUGUUUCAAGCUUCUCCCGUUAAUCCCGGGAAGCCUGUCUGACCCCGGGAAGCCUGACUGCCCCCAUUGCGGCUGCUUGCAGACAUGGCCCCAUCUGGAGGGCAGGUCUGUGGGACAACCACACGUGUGAUGGCAUCAAAGACGCAUGGAUGUUCUGAGGCCAUGCUGAGAAGUGGUGGCAGAGGACAGAGCAGGAGUCAGGCAGUCUUUGCUUGUCCGAGCACUUGGCUCCCUUCGCUGUGCCCCUGCCUGCUCCUCCUGCAGCUUGGCCGCCUGCCAGCGUGUCCCCCGGGCAGGUCCUGGUCACCUGCGAGCAGGAAAAACCCGCGGAAAGUCCCCUGGCAGCCGGUUUGCUGGUAGUGAUCAGCCCGGGCCAACUCGGGAGCCACAUAGAAAUGCUUUUGCCGGGGAAUGCUGCCACAUCCUGCCCCGAGGUGCCCAUCCCCGGGAGGUUUCCUGUGCCUCUCCCCACCAGCAGCUGCUGCUGCUCUGAGCCUCUCCAGCGCUCACGUUUCACCAGCCAUAAAAGUGUCUGGAGAGGGAAUGGGAGCGGGAGCAGCGUUGUGCCUGGCGAGGAGAGGGAGCGGCGUCUGUCCCUGCCACCCCUGCAGACCCUGUCCCACCGCCGCUGGUCCCCCUGCGGUGACCCGGCCCUGGCCUCCCGCUCCUGCGUGGCUGGAGAGAUGCCCAAAAUGGAUCAAAGAGCCAUGGAAACAAGCCGGCAGCGAUUCCCCGGCGGCAAGCAGGCAGUGGGGUGUCACUCACAGGGCGCAGGCAGGCGGGACACAGGGACCCUGGACCAGCUCGCAGGGUCUUGGGGCAGCGGGGUCACAGCGGCUGUUUGGGGACCUGAGCUGAGCUCUCCCCUCCCCUCCCCUCCCCACUCCAGCUCGGGCUCGGCCAGCCUGGAGGCUCCUGUAUUCCCGUUUCAGGAUUCAGCACAGCCUUUGCUCUCCGACCCGCGCUGCCUCUGUGGGAACCCCACUUCUGCCCGGACCCCAAUAUGACCAUAACCAUGAUGGCUUUGGCCGGGAGCAGGUGCAGCCCACACUGAGCCCCCGGCCCCUUCCCGUUAAGGUUGUUCAGCACCACGCUCCUUCUUUUUUUUCCCCCCGCAUCCCGGCUUCGGUGACCCCGGUGCUGCCACACUCGUGCCAUGGCUCCGCUCGACCCCAGGGCACUUUGAUGCCCCCCUAGGCUUCCUGUCCAUCCCAGUGCCAGCUGGCCCUGCCGCCGGAUUAGGCGGGAGCACGAGAGGAAAGCAUCGAGCAUCUCUCCGGAUCAAACGCCCACGGGGCAGUGGGGAGGGGGUGUAAUUCACCCCCCCUCUCCGUGUGACACCGGCUCGGGGCUGCCUGGAGCUGGGAUGAGCGUGCAGCCGGUGCUCAGAGGCAGUGGGAGGGAGGCGUUCGGGGGAAUCAGUCAGGUGUGGACGAGGUAUGAGGGGAGGCAGGGAUGGAGCCGCACUCGUGACAGCGGUGCCGAGCGCUCACGCGCAUCUCUCCUCCUGCCGAGAUGCAGCAGGGUCGGCCAUCCCUCUGCUGCGUCUCCACCAUCCGCAGCUCGCAGGGACCACCCGAGCCAGCCGCCGCUGCCGCCUCCGCUCACUUCAGCUUCUGCCGCAGCCUCCUGGAGCACACGGUGUCGGCCGAAAACCUCAGCUACCGCCUGCAGCGGAACCCGGGCAGCAGCCUCACCUGGCACGACGGCCGCAGCCAGCGCCCCGACGGCGACCGCACCAUCAAACUCCUGCGGCAGCCGGGCACCGAUGGCUCGCAGGUCCGUGGCUGUGACCACUAUGGCAUCUACCACACCAGCCCCACGCUGGGCAGCCUGGUCAAGCCAGUGGUGCUGUGGACCCAGCAGGAUGUGUGCAAAUGGCUGAAGAAGCACUGCCCACACAACUAUCUCAUCUACGUCGAGGCGUUCUCCCACCACGCCAUCACAGGCCGGGCGCUGCUGCGGCUGAACGGGGAGAAGCUGCAGCGCAUGGGGAUCGCACUGGAGACGCAGCGCCAGGAGGUCCUGCAGCAGGUCCUGCAGCUCCAGGUGCGCGAGGAGGUCCGGAACCUGCAGCUGCUCAGCCAAGCUUCUUUUGGAAAUGUCUCCUAGCUGAUCCGUCUGUUUGGCAGAUUGCACUAACACUGUGAACCGAGCUCCGCUGGGAUGGGCCGUGCACCGCCGAUACGAGACCUGAGCCACACGCUUGGAAUAAGAAGAGACAGCUUCCCAGACACUCCGGGGCUCCUCUCCUGCUUCUUCCUUCUCUUUCUUUUAAAGGAAUACAUUCCUGUGCAGGGAUGGAAGGUUUCUUCCAGCAGACAUGGCUCUUGGCUGGAGGAAAAUCAGCAAACCAGCUGCUGGGACAGAUGAUGAACUUCCAUCCACCUGAGCCUGACGGUUCACAGGGAAAGAGAUGGAAAAAAGGAGAUGGCAAAAGGCAGGGCUCAGCACUGUGGAGAAAGGGGACGCGGUGAUUCCAGGGACAGCUCGGAGCUAUGUGCAGGACACUGAAGCAUUAUGCACUUGGGCAACAUCCCAGCACCCGGCAACUCGUGUCCUUGCCUCGGAGCUUAUUUAGGGAGCUUUGGUUUCCUCAUCAGACUGGGCUGUAUUCCAGCAUCUGGGGAGGUGACGUUAUCAGUAGCAAAUAAGAUGAUACAGUCAGCCAAAAAAAUUCAAAGCAGGGCCAAGACCCCAGCACCCGGCUCCACUUGGUGAGUUAAAAAGGGAGCUGAGUCAUCAGAGCUGGAAAAUCUGGGAGUAAAAGCAGGGUGGAUGCGCCUGGAGGGUGCCAUGGCCUGGAGGAAGCUGUGCCAGGAGCUGAUCCUUCAUCCGCCGGCAGACAGGGGAGCCCCUGCAGGGGCUGUGGGGAGCAAGCAGGGGGGUGCUGCUGGGUGGUGCUGGGUGCUGCCCAGGGUGAGGCUGGGGAAUCACUGGGUGCCAGGUCCUCCCCGGCCCCCAUGCCCAGCCCUGCUCUGCUCCAUGCUCCCACCAGCUCUGCAGAACUCUGCUCAUCCAGGCAUUGGCAGAUUCUUGUCCUGACUUCCUGCCCAAGGGCUGGCAGUGGUGCCACCAAAGCCAGGCACCUUCCUGAUGACCUUCACCAUUAUUACGGUGAAAGUGUUUGCUGUUACACACCCUGCCCCCCAAACUCUCCCAUACAGAGCUACAGAUUGCCCUUGUGGGCAGAUAAGGAAAAUCCAUGUGUAAAUCAGGAUUUUGGGCUGAGGUGGAUGCUGUCACCUCCCCACAUUCCACCUCAAGUGAUGAGGGUAGGGCUGUGGGUCAUGGAGGGUUCAUAAACAGCAGCACCCCAAAACCCCUGGGGCAUUGGGAUGUGGAGGCAGGUCACAGUGCCCCCCGGCCGGGCACCCUCCUGCCUGCUUCUCUGCUGGUAAUAAAUUAGAGACUGUUAUUUUAACUCACUGCUCUUCUGACUCUUCCCACAUCUGAACCUGCGCUGCAAAUACGGUCCCUCUGGUCCUUCCGGGGACGCUCAGGAGAUGUCUACAGCCCUAAAUCCCUCCACACUGGGCUGAACAUGAAGCCUCCAAUUUUCCAAAAUCCAAAUUUUCUCCAGAAAGGCAUAGUCUGAUUGGCGCCUGCAGCUGAGUGAUCCAGACCAUGCAGCCAACACAUCCCCUCUCUGCCUGUGGGUCAGGGGUCUGAGACCCUCAGCUCUGUCUGCAGGGAAGCAGCUCCAGGGCCCUGCUGUGUGUAGCCCCUGGUACCCCAGGAUACAGGAAUUAGAAUUUCCUCCUGUUUCCAUACUGACCUUUUCAAAUAUGCAGCAAAAUUUGCUCUUCUCACCUCAUUGGAGACUCAUGAGCAACAGAGCUGGGAGAAUUUAUUGAGUUUGAAGAAAAGGAAAAAGAAGCCAGGAAAAAAGUCCAUCUUCCCCACGGUGGGGUUUGUUUCUGUCCUGCUGGGGAGUCCAGGGGGGCAGUGGGAGAGGUGGAGAAGCACAGGGAGCUGGGGGGUGGCUGGGGGCACCAGAAACCUGAAGAGCAGAGGACGGCUGCGGGUGUCUGCACAUCGUUAGAGGGAGGCGCUGAGCUUCACUCCAGAGCUUGGGAGUCACACAGGGAGAAACGUCUUCUCCAGGCUCCAGCUGGGCUCAUGCGGUAAGCUGGUGGAGAUUUGGCUUGGAAUGCAGCUGGGGUGCACAGAGCCCAGGUGCACAGCUGGGGCUGCCUUGGAGCCCCUGGAAAAGGCAGGGUCCCCCCCCAGAGCCUGCCUCAAAGCCCGGCUGCCCCUUGCUGUGCUCCUGAGGAUGCUCUGGCUCCCUCCAGCUCCUAAGCAUGGAAGAAAGGAGGCAGAGAAGAAAGCAGAAACCCCACCAGCUGCACUCGGCCAGAGCAUGGCCCCUGUUCAGGUAACUUUCUGAGACCCACCAGCACAGGAUGGGGCUGGAGGAACUGGGUGAAACAAUAUUCCCAGGGCUGGCAGGAGGAUGCUCUCCUGCCCCCAGUCCCCUGCGCUGUGUCUUCAUUCUGGUGAGGAUGGCGAUGGUGAGAGCAGAGCCAUCUUUCCAGGCCGGCUCUGAACUACUGCUCUGGCAGUGUCUGGUGCCACCUAAUGCCCAUGGCUUGUCCAAGAAGCACCCAGGACUCUGCCCAGGGCAGCAGGGAAGCAUCUGGAGCAGCCCUGACAUGGUUUUGCCUUCGGUAGCUCUGGGCAUACAGCAAAAUCCAUCUGCAUGGUGGAUCCAAGGAAGGGCAGUCCUCCUCACGGGCGAGAACUUGGGGUGGUGAGUACUGCACCAGGACCCUGGGAACUGGAGGCAGAUACUGCUCAGGAUCCUCUCGAACUGAGACACAGCUUGGUCACUCCUCAUCUUUUGCUGAGCAAGAAAAAUACCUUCUAUUUGUCCAGCACUUAUCUGCCAGCGAUAUUCCAGGCACUGCCCCAAAACAAACAGCACCGACAAUGAAACACAGAUGAAUCAAUUCAUGCAAUAUUAAAAGCAGA